AUGUUCAAGCAAAUAAUCGAUUUCUUUGCUUCUCCUGGAGCCAAAGGAGCCAUUGAAGAUGCUGCACCAACUCAGUACAUCUUCACUGACCCUGUUGCCUCCGAAGAAAAGAAGUCAGCAGUUAUUGGUGAUACAGAACAAAGAAUACCUGUACAAAAUAUCACUGGCUAUGUUGAUCGGGUGAGGAAAAGCAGGCUCGACCGGUGGCUUGAUAAAGUUGUUAAGGCAUCUGGCUCUCAGCCAAUCUUCUUCAUCAUGAUUGCAGGUCUCCUCGUUUGGGCUUUUCUCGGCAUUCCCUAUGGUCAAUCUGACAACUGGGCUGCAGUCAUCUCAGAUGUGCAAGCCAUUAUUAGCUACUUCUUUGACUCGCUUCUUAUGCGUCAACAACUCAACGGAUACGAGAGGCAGGUCCGGAUCUCUGCAUGUCUGAGAUCCCGCGCCCAAAGUCAGAAGCGCAUGCUGCGACAGAUUCUCGCCAGCGAUCGUUACAAUAAGCCAUCUUUUGAGGAGAUUGAGAGUUCUCACUCAGACAAAUUUGACCUUGACCUGCCUCAAGAGAGCUGGAUUAACCGAGCUUCCAAUCAUACCGCGGUAGUUCUGGGUCACUUUGGUACUAUUUGCGUGUACUGGAUUUGUAUCUUCAUCUGGCUCGGCUUCGGGCAAUACUGCAACUGGAGCGAUCGCUGGCAGCUCUAUAUCAAUUCUGGAACUUCGGCACUCAUGAUCCUAAUCUUUACAUUUUUGGCUAACAUCCGCGAACGCCAUGAUGAAUAUGUUGAGAAGUGCAUGAAUUCCAUAUUCGAAGUCGACUCGGACGUUGAACUCAAGCUCCGCAUGCUCAGUGGCGAUACCGAACCAAAUCCCACCGUUGUUGUGCCAGCGCCUCCUUUGGGUACUUUCCAACGAAUCAUCUUUUAUUAUGCAGAUGUUGUUGGGACUCUUGCCGGUGUCGCGUUGCUAUUCCUAGUCUUGAUCAUUUGGGCCGGCAUUGGCCCUGUUAUGCAGUGGAGCAACAAUUGGUGGCUUUUCAUUGGCACCUACGCAGGUUUGAUCGGGUUGAUUGACGGCUUUGUCCUCCGAAAUGUUCAACAGCGGCUGCAUCAGUAUGAGCGACUUGCUCUAGAAGAGGCCAAGCUUGAGGAUACCGGUCUAUCAGAUGAGAUUGGAGUGCCUGCUCCAGAGAGAGCUAAGGUCAACUACAGCUCGAUCAACUAUUGCCUUUCUAAUAAAAUGGGCAUCAUCUGCGCUCACGAAAUCACCGUCGUCCUGGGCAUCCUGCUUGCCAUAGGCCUUGUUAUUGGAGCUAGCGCAAUGAGAUGGACUCUUACCGGACAAUUGAUCUGCAACAUUCCUCCAAGCAUCAUCGAGUCGUUCUUCAUGAUGAUUCUCAUCACUGGUCACAACCUUUCGGAGGCUGGCUGGCGCGCAGAUCUGCACCACACGUACUUGUGGCGUCUGCGACUCUACGGAUUUGUCGGCCGAUUGACGGAUAAAACUGGCGGCUGUAGUGAGCAGUGA